UGUGGAGCGAGGCCUUGUUCCCGCGUUGAGCCGCCGCCGCUGCCGCCGCCUCCUCCUUAGCUUCAGCCUCCGCGCCAGGCCCGGCCCCGCCGCGCCAUGUCGGACUACAGCACGGGAGGACCCCCGCCCGGGCCGCCGCCCCCCGCCAUCGCAGCCAAAAUCGGAGGUGAUGCUGCCACAACCGUGAAUAACAGCACUCCUGAUUUUGGUUUUGGGGUCCAAAAGAGACAGUUGGAAGAUGGAGAUCAGCCGGAGAGCAAGAAGCUGGCUUCCCAGGGAGACUCGAUCAGUUCUCAGCUUGGACCCAUCCAUCCUCCACCACGGACUUCAAUGACAGAAGAGUACAGGGUCCCGGAUGGCAUGGUUGGCCUAAUCAUUGGAAGAGGUGGUGAACAAAUUAACAAAAUCCAACAGGAUUCGGGUUGUAAAGUACAGAUCUCUCCAGACAGUGGCGGCCUACCUGAGCGCAGCGUGUCCCUGACAGGAGCCCCUGAGUCUGUCCAGAAAGCGAAGAUGAUGCUGGAUGACAUUGUAUCUCGGGGUCGCGGGGGCCCCCCAGGCCAGUUCCACGACAACGCCAAUGGGGGCCAGAACGGCACGGUGCAGGAGAUCAUGAUCCCUGCGGGCAAGGCCGGCCUGGUCAUCGGCAAAGGAGGGGAGACAAUUAAGCAGCUGCAGGAGCGCGCCGGGGUGAAGAUGAUCCUAAUUCAGGAUGGAUCCCAGAACACGAACGUGGACAAGCCCCUGCGGAUCAUCGGGGAUCCUUACAAAGUGCAGCAAGCCUGCGAGAUGGUGAUGGACAUCCUCCGUGAACGCGACCAGGGUGGCUUUGGGGACCGGAAUGAGUAUGGAUCUCGGAUUGGCGGGGGCAUUGAUGUCCCGGUGCCCAGGCAUUCUGUCGGGGUGGUCAUUGGCCGGAGCGGUGAAAUGAUCAAGAAGAUCCAGAAUGACGCAGGGGUGCGGAUUCAGUUCAAGCAAGAUGAUGGGACAGGACCCGAGAAGAUCGCUCACAUCAUGGGUCCCCCAGACAGAUGUGAGCACGCGGCCCGGAUUAUCAACGACCUGCUCCAGAGCCUCAGGAGUGGGCCCCCAGGCCCUCCCGGAGGACCAGGCAUGCCCCCAGGGGGACGGGGACGGGGCCGAGGCCAAGGCAGCUGGGGCCCCCCUGGCGGGGAGAUGACCUUCUCCAUCCCCACCCACAAGUGCGGGCUGGUCAUCGGCCGAGGGGGCGAGAACGUGAAAGCCAUCAACCAGCAGACGGGCGCCUUUGUGGAGAUCUCCCGGCAGCUGCCGCCCAAUGGGGACCCCAACUUCAAACUGUUCAUCAUCCGGGGCUCACCCCAGCAGAUCGACCAUGCGAAGCAGCUCAUUGAGGAGAAGAUUGAGGGUCCGCUGUGCCCUGUCGGACCAGGCCCAGGGGGACCAGGCCCUGCAGGUCCCAUGGGACCCUUCAACCCAGGCCCUUUCAAUCAGGGGCCUCCAGGGGCUCCCCCCCAUGCCGGCGGCCCUCCUCCUCACCAGUACCCGCCUCAGGGCUGGGGCAAUACCUAUCCCCAGUGGCAACCGCCCGCUCCUCACGACCCAAAUAAAGCAGCCGCCGCGGCCGCGGACCCCAACGCCGCCUGGGCCGCCUACUACUCCCACUACUACCAGCAGCCGCCGGGCCCGGUGCCGCCCGCAGCAGGACUACACGAAGGCCUGGGAGGAGUACUACAAGAAGCAAGCGCAAGUGGCCACCGGUGGGGGCCCGGGAGCGCCCCCAGGCUCGCAGCCGGACUACAGCGCCGCCUGGGCGGAGUACUACCGACAGCAGGCCGCCUACUACGGACAGACCCCCGGCCCCGGCGGCCCGCAGCCCCCGCCCGCCCAGCAGGGACAGCAGCAGGCAAGUGGGAACUGCCACCCUCCUCCUCCUCCUUUCUCCUUCCAACCCCCGGCCACCGUCCAUCCUGCCUUAGUGGGGAGCGCCGGCAACCCCUUCCCCUGCGGCGUGUGCCCGUGACGCCGCCGCCGCCGUGACCGUCCUGUCUCUCCCUCUCCGCAGGCUCAGUGAUCGAAUGAAUGUGAACUUCAUCUGUGAAAGUCUUUAUUUUUCUCCAUUUGUUCUGUUGGGGGCUCUUCGCGCGGUCGCUGGGGCGGGCGGGGGCGGCGGGGCUCGCGCGCUCGCCGGUGUGUCGCGCCCUUUCCGCUCACACUCGGGACUUCUUGUCGAGCCAGCCUUAGAGGAGAGCGAGAGUUAGAUCUCUGCCAAAACCCCAGAACGUAAAGAACACAAAGAGCAGAACAAAACCUAUAAAAUGAUAUAUAUAUAAAAAUCUCUAUCCCCCAGCCUCCCUGACAGCGCCCCCUGCGGGCAGAACCAUCCAUCUCCCCGCUGCCCACGGCCCUCUUGGUUUUUAAAAUAAACUUUAAAAAGGAAAAAAAGUCACUCUUGCUACUUUUUUGGUUUUUCUUUUUUCUUUUCUUUUUCCUUCUCUCUUUUUGGUUAGGGUUGGAACAUUCCGUGGACCAGGUGUCGGUAUGGCAGGACCCUCCCCCCCUCCCCCCCCUCUCCCGCCCCUCCCCAGGACUGGUCUGGUCUUCUGUCUUUUCAUCUGUUCGAGACGAGGUUGAAACUGAAAACAUGAGAACAAAAACAAAAAAAAUUGUAUGGCAGUUUUUACUUUUUAUCGCUCGUUUUUAACUUCACAAAUAAAUGAUAACAAAACCUCCCCUUGUCUGCCGGGUGCUGUCUGUCUGCCUCCCACCCCUGUAGAGUUUUGAAGCAGAUGUUUGUUCUUUAUAGAUGUUGUUUAAAAAAAAAGAAAAAGCCUGGUAAUGGUGAUUGGAAAUUACUUGCUUUGUGUUUUUUUGUUUUUUUUUUUUUUUAAGAAAACAAAUAUAAAAUAGUUUUCUGCAGGUGCAUUGUGCUUUCUUAAAUCUUCCCUCCCUUCCCCCCUUCUUUUUGGUUAAAUAAAGUGCUUUUUGUUUAAAAAAAAAAAA